CUGCCAUGGGCAGGGCCUGGCGGGGGUAUAAAUAGGGCAGCCGGCUGGGCUCUCCUCACUCUUCCUCUCUCCCCAACCCUCUCUCAGCACUUCCUCUCUUGACCUGAUCUGACUGCCACCAUGGCGUGCCCCUUGGAGAAAGCACUGGACGUGAUGGUGUCCACCUUCCACAAGUACUCGGGCAAGGAGGGCGACAAGUUCAAGCUCAACAAGUCGGAGCUAAAGGAGCUGUUGACUCGGGAGCUGCCCAGCUUCUUGGGGAAAAGGACGGAUGAAGCUGCGUACCAGAAGCUGAUGAGCAACUUGGACAGCAACAAAGACAACGAGGUGGAUUUCCAGGAGUACUGUGUCUUCCUGUCCUGCAUCGCCAUGAUGUGUAACGAGUUCUUUGAAGGUUUCCCGGAUAAGCAGCCCCGGAAGAAAUGAAGGCUCCUCAGAUGGGGGCUUUCCUGUUAGCAGUGGGCCCAGUGCCUCACCCUGGCUCCCUUAGAUAUGGGCGUGAUGUUGAGCAAGUAAAAUAAAGAUUCUCAGAAGCUAUGA